AUUCAGGACAACAAACAUAACCUCAUUGUGUGUGCACACGUGUGUUUGUACACGUUAGGAAUUUUGUCCUUUCAAAUAACAACAACAUCCCGUGAUUAAUUCGAGUAGAAAACUUUAAUGAUUAAAACUACUGAUCCCCAUUGAAAAGUCAAAAUGGUGAAAACGAAAAAUAAAAAGAAAAAUCUGUCGGAGACAGCAGUACAAAGAAAAAAACAAGAGAGUAAAAAGCCGAUAAAUCCUUUUGAAGUACAUAUAAAUAAGGACAAGCAAAAAGUGUUAGGUCGUAAGGGUAAAGCUGAUAGAGGAUUACCAGGUGUAGCCAGAACAAAAGCAAUUAGUAAACGUAAGCACACGUUGCUCCAAGAAUUUACUCAACGCGACAAGGACAAUGUGUUCAUGGAUAAAAGAAUUGGGGAGAGAAAUGCCUCAAUGUCGCAAGAAGAUAAGGCCAUGGCAAGAUAUGCAGCUGAGCAGAUUAAGGCGCAUAAAAAGAAGAAUAUCUACAGUUUAAAUGAUGAAGAGGUGUUGACACAUAGGGGACAAACACUGGAGGAAAUUGAAAAAUUUGAGGACCCAAAGAGCGACGAUGAUUUCAGUGAUGAUGAACAUAAUAAAGGACAUUUAGGCAAGAAUUUCGUGACUGAUGCUCACUUUGGUGGAGGAAUUUUAUCGAAGCCAGAUGGCCCUAUGUCCAGAAAAGACCUGAUUGAGCAAUUGAUUUUUGAAUCUAAAAAACGUAAGGCGGAAAAGCAAAAAAUCAGAGAACAAACGAUUAAUUUAACUGAAAAACUUGAUACUGAGUGGAAGGAUUUAUUGCCACUGAUGGCUGCAUCGAAAAAAUCCACUGAGGAGAUUAUUGAGAAGCCAAAGGCUGAUGAUUAUGAUAUUGCUGUUAGAGAAUUGAAGUUUGAGAGUAGGGGAAUGCCCUCAGACAGAUUAAAAUCUGAGGAGGAAAUUGUAAAAGAGGAGAAGGAAAAGUUGGAGGCACUUGAACAGGACAGGUUAAUGAGGAUGAAGGGUUUUGUGGAGGAUAACGAUAAUACGAAUAAACACAAAUCUGCUGAUGAUCUUGAUGAUGGAUUCAGGGUUGAGAGUAUCGAGGAGGACAAUACGUUGGCUUAUGAUGUAGAUGGUGUCGUUAAAAAUGGAAAGAAAAACAAAAAAGUUGAGGGGAAUGAAUCGAAUGAUGAUGGGGACGAUAAUAGCGACGAUAAUUCAGAAGAGAGUACACAAGAGGAUGAGGAAGAAGAAGGAGAAGAUGAGGAAAAACUUGAGAAUGAAAAUGAAAAGACGAAUGAAAGCUCUCAAGUAUCAGAAACAGAAGAUGUUGAAUCAGAAGAUUCGGAAGACGAAAACGAUAACUUAUCUGAUCUAAAGGACUCGGAGUCCUCCAGCGAAGACGAAGAGGAUUUAAAAAUUCCCGAAAAUAACGGUAGUACACCAAAAUCCACCGAUGAUCAUGACAAGCCUCCAUCACCUGCUAAAGACACUGAAAGACUGCGAAUAAUUCGUGAAGACCUUCAAAAGCGCAAAGAAAUUAUGGAGAAGGCUCGACAGGAGCUCCCUUACACCUACAAAGCACCUGAAAGCUUCGAAGACCUCAACAAUCUUCUAAAAUCUCAAAACCCCGACUAUCAAUCCAUCAUACUAGAGAGAAUAGUAAAAUGUAAUCACUGGACCCUGGGCCAGGGCAAUAGAGAAAAGCUCUGCAAAGUCUUUGGUUUUCUUCUUCAAUACUUAAUGAAUUGUGCUCACACCAGUGACAACCCCACCUCCGACGAUAUCAUCAAAUGUUUCGAAAUAUUCGAUAGAGUUUCCCCUCACUUAUUCGACCUGGCGCAGGCAAAUUGCUUCACCACAGCGACUUAUGUCCAGAAUUUAUUAAAAGAACAGCACGAAACAUUCGAGAAAAAUCAGAAAGAGUUUCCAGAUUUGAAGACAUUAAUUCUCUUUAAAAUUAUUUCACUAUUAUUUCCAACAUCGGAUUUUCGACAUCCGGUUGUCACUCCAGCGCUAGUGUUCAUGUCCCAGAUAUUAUUAAGAUGUCGAGUCAAGUCAAAAUUACAUAUUUCAAAGGGAUUGUUUAUUUCCACAUUAAUGUUGGAGUAUACUGUCUUAAGUAAGAGAUUUUCCCCUGCUGUCAUAAAUUUUCUUCGAGGAAUUAUUUUCUUGGGAACGGUAAAACCUACUCUGUUGAUGUUGAAGAUUGUCCCACCGUUUAAAAAAUCUGGAGCUCUAAGUAAUCUCCUUGUUAUUCACAACGAUCAGUCAAAUCAAGAGAUGAGCCAUAUUGGUGCACACAUGAAAGCUGCGGAUCUAGUGGAGGGUGAUAUCGAUGAUGAUUUUAGAAUUCGGGCAUUUCUAACUGCUGUUAAUUUAACUGAAGAUUUUUCCAAACAAUUGGGAGAGUUGGAGGCGGUUCAUUCCAUAUUCGAACCAAUAAUUAAUUUACUGAACAUAAACUCAUAUGAAAAAUAUCCGGAGAAUAUUCGAAAACAUGUGGAGAAGGUGUCCCAGGAUCUUCUAGCAUUAGAGGAUAAACAGUUGGAGUACCUGGUGAAAGCGAAGAAGAAACCGAAAGCAUUGCGAUUGUACGAACCCAGAAUAGAGAGAGUUUACGAUGGUAAAAAGCACAGGCCAAUGUCCAAGGAGAAAGCGGAAAAGGAGAAAUUAAUGCACAAACUGAAGAAGGAGAUGAAGGGAGCCAUCAGAGAAGUACGAAGGGACGCUGCAUUUUUGGCUAAAGUACAGAUUAAAAAUCAAAUUAAGAGUGAUACUGAGCGUAAACGAAAGGUCAGGGAGAUUAUGAACGAAGGGGCGUCACAACAAGCGGAGUUAAACGAAUUCAAGAGAAAAAAGAAAUAAUUAAUUUCUAUGAUUUUUUAGAAUUUGUUCUGAAUAAAAAUAUUUAUAAUUUUA